UGGGCGCGUUCGCCACACAGACUCAGUUGCAGCUUUCAGAGAGCAGCUUAACAUUAAAUCACACAUACUAUCUUUGCCAUGCCAAGCUUAGUUGCAUCACCAUUUGACUUGUGGCACCAGAAUAUGGAUUCUGACGAUAAAAAGACAGAAAGAAACCGGGGAGAACGCUUGAGGUCUCGGUCAAUCAGCAUAGCUACUCAGGCACUUAACACCGACGGACUUUGUUUUGAAGAGAUGUCUCAGUGGUCGGACUCGCUUGAGAGACUUUUGUCCUCUAAAUGUGGAAUGAAGGUCUUUCAGGCCUUCUUGAAGUCAGAGUUCAGCGAUGAAAACCUGGAGUUUUGGUUGGUAUGUGAGCAAUUUAAGAAGAUGAAACAUUCCUUCAGGCUGUCCUCCAGGGCCAAGAAGAUCUUCAAAUCUUAUGUUCAAGCCGAGGCUCCCAGAGAAAUCAACAUUGAUCAAAAGACCAGGGAGCUGAUCAAGUGGAACAUGAAGACUCCUUCCACCACAUGUUUCAUUGAAGCCCAAAAGAUCGUCUUUGGGUUAAUGGAGAAGGACUCGUACCCACGCUUCCUGAAAUCAGACCUUUACAGGACUUUACUCAACUCCACAUCAGAAUCAGUGAAGAUGUAAAGACGGAAAACCCUCCAGGACUACAUGAAGGCGGACUGUUAAGCUACGUCCAGUGUUGGACUUACUAAAAAGGGACUUUGGUGUGUGCUUGCUUCAGUUUGGAAGAGGUCUUCGUGCAGAAUAUCUCCAAAAAUCGUUGUUUCCUCCAGAAUGUAAGCGUUGACAUGUUGAGUCUGAAAAGUGUCCCCUUUCAUCUGACGGACACAUGUAAAUGAGUGAACAGCAACACAAAAAUAGCAAGCUAUGUAAAAUCGUAAGCGUGUUUUGUUUUUCCAUGCACGUAAACCAAACUCAGUCUUGAAUUUAUCAUAAACUGUGAAAGGAGGAACCAUUUAAGACCAAGAGAGAAGCAGAAAGUUUGAUAUGCUGUCAGGAAAAUAACUGAGCAAACCACAACUUCUUUCCUUUCAUGCACUGGUUGCUGACUUCAAUGUGACCAAAGGCCCACACUUUCUUUUAGUGAGACAUAAGCUCCUACUGGGGGUGGAGGGUGGGGGGCUCAAGUCUUUCUUGGAGAACUACAACAAUUUGAUCUGAGGGCCAACUUCUGUUAUGAGGUGGAGCUGGAGGAAGAACGACAUGCCCACAUCAAAGCGCCACUGCAAAAGCCCGAAAGCUCAAUUCUGAUGAUAGUAAAACUUUUGAUGAGUGCAAUGAAAAUUUUGGGGACUUUCUGUUAUGACAAUAGGGCCAUUUGUGGUGUAAAAAGCACCUUCCAUCCAAGAGGAAAACAGACUUUUAUUUUAAAACAAGUUUUUCUCAUCUUGAGGUGUUUUUUUUUCACUAAAAAAAUGUAAAUAGAAAGUUUGUUUUAUACAGUCUUCAAUUUUUACACUCUUACAUCAGCUGACACUGUAUUGUUCAUAGAUAUUUAUGAUUUGUACCAACUGUAACUAAAAAUGCUACAUAUUUACACCAAGGGAUAUGGUGUUAAACUAUUUUUAAAAAAAAUAAAUGAGACUAAGAAAAAUGGUCUUUAAUACAAAA